CACAAAACAUCUCAGCAAAUGGUGUGGCGUUUUGAAAAAAGCCGCAGCAAUAGCAAGCGUUUUUGGCCUGAACGAUCAGAAAAGAACUCCUGUACAGACUGAUUCUAUCAGCAGAGAUGGGUAGUAACAAGUAAAUGUAAAAGUAAAUUUACGUAAGUGGUAAACUGUAAGAGUGAUUUGAAUGGAGAGUAUGUUUUGCCAAUCUUUUGCCAAAAUGAGUUGUCCUUUGUUGCAUUUUUUUCCCCAUUGUUACACUUUUGUUGGAAAAGCCGAGUCGUGUUUUGUAUGUGGGCUUAGAAACUAGCAAGUGAUUGUGAGUAAACACAGUGUGAUAGAAUUGCUGAAAUGUAAAGAAGUUAAGUAAUGGCGCUUUAGGUGUGUGUGUGUAUAGUGCAAGGAAAAAACUACAGAAGAAGCAGCUUUUGUGUGUGUGUGUGUGUGUGUGUGUGUGUGUGUGUGUGUGUUCGGGACCUCCGUGUUGCUAAAACGCUUAGUCACAUUGAUGAGGUCGAUACAGAACAGGUUGUGUUGCUGGUUGUUGUUGCACAAAGGAAUGUGCUGACUGCAGUCAGCUGCGAGGCCUUUGUGGGUCUUCAGUAGAGUCGGGGUUCUCUCUCUCUCUCUCUCUCUCUAUCUCUCUCUAUCUGUGAAGUCCUCACUCAGUUAUCUCAAUGUAGCAGCUGGUGAGUACUUGUUGAGAUCAUGAUAACUGAUUUAUGACAUGAUCACCUUUUAACCUUUGCACUUCACAAUGUUAUCUCUUUUUUUUCUUUUCGUUCUUUUUCUUUUUUUUUUAAAUAAAGCUGCAGUUGUACUUUAAAGUCAGUGUUGGAGCGCCGUACGCGAUGUUUUUCACACUUCUCUAUAACACUUCUCUGGUGAACAGAAUUCUAUGCGUCUGAAAUCAUUCUUAUCCUUCUUUUCGAUGUGGGGCAGAUCUUUUUUUUUACAAGGGGAAAGUCUCAGCCUACCUAGACAGCCUGUAAAUGUGAAUAGGAGUAUCGAUAGGUUCCAAUAAUGAUUUCCUGAAUAAUAUGAGAUGUAACUGGUUUUCAGUUUGUGUGUACGGGUGUGUUUGUGUGUAAAAAAAGAACAAGUUUCGUCAGUCUAAAGCUGGUAAAGUUCAGUGUCCCAUUCCAUACGCGGAAAACUACACAGGGCAAAUCCUGUCAGGGCUUUCCUGAUCACAUGACCGUUCCCAUGGGAAGGGAACCGUCAGUUCACGUGAGCACAGUGCAUUAAAGUCAUGACUUCACUCCCAAAGCCGCUGACCUUUGACCCCCUCCGUUCACUUAGCCAUUUAAACUUCGCCCUCGCCGCAUAAGAAUACAUAAAACAGCGUUGCGUCGCUUCUGUGGUCACGGUUCGGGCAAUUUGAGUCGGAUUUAUUUCGACAUUUGACGUAUGGUUUGUUAAGGAAAACAAUACGAUGCAAAAUGCAUGAGUUAAAGAGAGUGAAGCUGACGAUGCCUAUAGAUUCCCGCCGCUGCAGGAAUGGCCUGAGUGUGUCUGUGGACUGAAACUGAGUUGCUGAUAUGUAUUAAAAUGAGCGGCAUAGGGGAAAACUCAUCCGACCCUUCUAGGGUCGAGUCUCAAAAACGCAAAGAAUGCUCAUCAGAGCUCUUGGGUCCCAGCCCCAAGCGAAGCACCGAGAAGCGAAACCGGGAGCAGGAGAAUAAAUACAUUGAAGAACUCGCUGAGCUGAUUUUCGCCAACAUCAACGACAUCGAUAACUUCAAUGUCAAGCCUGACAAAUGUGCAAUCCUGAAAGAAACUGUGAAACAGAUUCGUCAAAUAAAAGAGCAAGAGAAAGCGGCUGUGUGCAGUGAGGACGAGGUGCAGAAGGCCGAUGUCUCGUCAACGGGUCAAAGUGUUAUUGACAAAGAUGCCCUCGGACCAAUGAUGCUGGAGGCCUUGGAUGGCUUCUUCUUUGUGGUGAACAUGGAGGGGAACAUUGUGUUUGUGUCGGAAAAUGUGUCCCAGUACCUGCGCUACAAUCAGGAGGAGCUUAUGAACACAAGUGUUUACAGCAUUUUACACGUAGGAGACCACACAGAGUUUAUUAAGAACCUGCUGCCUAAAUCACUCGUGAAUGGCGUCCCAUGGUCGAGCGAGGGCUCCAGGAGGAACAGUCACUCGUUUACAUGCCGCAUGCUGGUGAACCCAGAGGAGGCGCAGGAGCAGGAGGCACAGAAAUAUGAAACCAUGCAGUGUUUCACUGUCUCAGAACCCAAAUCCAUUAAAGAGGAGGGCGAGGAUCUGCAGUCAUGUCUGAUCUGUGUAGCAAGGAGAGUACCUCUGAAGGAGCGACCGAUGCUCCCCACACACGAGAGCUUCACCACACGGCAAGAUCUCCAAGGGAAGAUCACGUCCUUGGACACCACGAUGUUACGAGCCUCUAUGAAGCCUGGAUGGGAAGACUUAGUAAGGAGGUGUAUCCAGCGCUUUCACCUACAGAACGACGGAGAUAUUUCGUAUGCCAAACGUCACCAGCAAGAAGUAUUGAGACAGGGCCAGGCGUUCAGUCCCAUCUAUCGGUUCUCGCUUUCUGACGGCACCAUCGUCUCGGCUCACACCAAGAGCAAACUCGUCCGCUCUCCGGCCACCAACGAGCCGCAGCUUUACAUGUCACUACACAUUCUUCAGAGAGAGUCAACUGUAUGUGGCAUGGCACAAGAACUGGGCAAACCCAUGACCCCACUGACCACAAUAACAUCCCCUAACCCAAUGAGCGGAAAUGCUCAGGGACAGGAGGGCAUAGUUAGUAGCAACACGCAUGCCUUUUCGUCUCCAGGAGCCCAUAAAGAUUUCCGUUUUGGCUGCCCAGGUACCACUCAGGGCACUGGAUACCCACUGAAAAUGAGCAGCCCAUCGCAUCGCCCCAGUCCUGGAGCAACCAGCUCCCCCCGUUUACCCCCAGCCCAGUUUGCCCUUACCAAUCCCCUUCAUUCACCUGCAGGCAUGUGCCCGGGCAACGGUAGUACUCAAGUGUUCACUAGCAGUUCCCUUAAUGCCCUUCACGCUCUUAGUGAGUGCCAAUCCAUUAACCAGUCUCUGGGCUCACCUGAUUCCAAAAAAUUAGAAUCCCCAGCCUCAGGAGGAGUUGGUCCUCAAACGUUGCCCAAAAUGGAGUCAUUCGGGGAGCCUGGGCGAAGUGGAAACGGGCAUGACGGGCAUGAAAACGACAACAUCAGGCAUCAAAGGGAUGAGAAAGGCAACCCGGGUCAGUUCAACAGCUCGGACGAAAACAAGAUCCAUGAAAGCAAAGGGCACACGAAGCUCCUCCAGCUUCUCACCACUAAAAACGAGAACACGGAGUCGUCCUCCUCACCGUCGCCAGGGCCUGAGAAAGAACUGAUGACCGGCCAUCAACCUGGCACAUCGGGAACCAGCGCUACGUCCUUAAAGGAGAAGCACAAAAUCCUGCAUCGGCUCCUGCAGAACAGCACGUCGCCAGUGGACUUGGCAAAGAUCACGGCCGAGGCGACGGGGAAAGAACCGGGCCACGACGGGACCAACGUGGCCGACAUCAUCAAACAGGAAGCGGCGAGUCCGAAAAAGAAAGACAAUGCCCUUCUGCGCUACCUGCUGGACAACGACGAGAACACGAUUAAGGACAAAGGAAUAAAGACGGAGACGGACGAGAUUAAGAUGGAGGGGAGUAACAUGGUCACUGUGAAGAAGGAGAAACCGGAUGGAGGAUAUGAGCAGGCGGAGCAGUCCAGCGAGCUGGAUGAUAUCCUGGACGACCUGCAGAACAGUCAGCCGGGAUUUUUCUCCGAAGCUCGUCCCAUGUCACUGCCAGCUGCCGUCGAUAAGCAGGCAAUCAUCAAUGACAUUCUGCAGAUCACAGGAGAGGGCGGGGUACAGCCCAGAGCAGUACAGAAUUUCAGUGGUCCGAGGCCUCCAGGUCGGGUUCCUCCCAUGCGAAGCAUGUCUUUGGACAUGAAUGUCUCAGCUAAAGGCUCGCCGGGUCAGUAUCCAAUUAUGAGGAACACCACUCCAUAUUCUCUCAUCCAGCAGCAGCAGCAGCAGCAAGGCAUGAUGGGAAAUCAGGGCAUCAUGACCAACCAGGCCAACAUGGCAGAUGUUUGGGCAUCUCAGGGUGUGAGCUGUCCCUCCCCUCAGGGGGCGCUGCAGGGACGCAUGGUGCAAAACACAAACAUGCCAGUCAGACCCAGCAACCAAUCAGGAGCCAGGCCCAUGCUGCAGGGCCAGAUGAUGCCCAAUGCCCAGUCUGUGGAAAUGGACAUGAGUCUGGCAGGCCCUACAUUUCCACAGCAACAGGCUCCACCCAAUCAGACAGCUCCACCCAAUCAGACAGCUCCGUGGCCUGACAGCAUGAUGCCCAUUGAGCAGGUGGCAUUUGGAGAUCCAAACAGGUCUGUAUAUGGUGCACCACAGGAUGAUGUGCUGUGUGCAGCUGAAGGACCUGCUGAUGAAGGUGCUUUACUUAAUCAGCUCUACACUGCCCUCAAAGACUUUGAUGGUCUGGAGGAGAUCGAUCGAGCUCUGGGCAUUCCAGCACUCGUGGGACAGGCGCCGUCAUUAGACCCUGAGCUGUUCCCAGGUCAGGAUCAAAGCCUGCUGAUGGACCAGAAGCCCAUUUACCCUCAGCAGCAGUACGCUGCUCCACCGUCCCAUAACACACCAGGAGGCUUCGCUACGAUGCAGGACCCUGGUUACCAUGGCAUUGGGGGAGCUGUAGGGCAAAGGCCAGGAUUUCCCAUGAUCCGCAUGCAGCCCAGACCAGUUCUCCGGCCACCCGGGAGCGUCCCAAAUCAACCUAAUGCACUCAGGCUGCAGCUGCAGCACCGACUACAAGCACAGCAGAAUCGCCAGCCUAUGAUGAAUCAGAUGACUGGAGUGUCAAGCAUGAACCUACCUCUAAGACCUAAUGUUCCGAAUCAGGGGACCAUUAACGCUCAGAUGCUUGCGCAGCGUCAGAGGGAGCUGCUCAAUAAUCAUUUGCGUCAGAGGCAGCGCAGCAUGGGCAUGCGACCUCAGGGCCUCAACGUGCCAUCCAAUAUGGCUGCCGGCACCAUGGGCGGUGCCCAGAUUGCCCAUGCCAACCCUACACACUUCCCCUAUGCACCCAACUACGGAAUAACUCAGCAGCCUGACGGUGGGUUCGGAGGUGCGACGACCCCUCAGAGUCCCCUCGUGUCCCCUAGAAUGAGUCACGCCCAAAGCCCCAUGAUGCAACAGGGUAAUGUCACAUUUCAGUCGUCUCCAGAGAUGAACGGCUGGACGCAGGGCAAUAUGAACACCAACAGCAUGUACACUCAGCAAGCCAGCAGCGGUGUGUAUAACAGUAACGGCAUGAGCAUGAACGUGCCCAUGACUCCCAACACCAACAACAUGAGCAGCAUGGGCCAGAUGGGCACGGAGCAGCCGAAGUACUGUUGACCAUGAGUGGACAAAGCGCGAUUUCCACCAGCAUGGGCCAAGAGCGAGUCUGUGCCCUGCAGAGGGUCCCUACUCAUCCCCAAAACCCUACAACUCUACUUCCCCCUGCUGGAGGGAGAUCACACACACACACACACACACACACACACACACACAUACACACACAUACACGCGCACACACACAAAAUUUUAUAUUUUGGACCUUGAGUGUCACCGAUUUAAAUCUAUGGAUCCUACACAUACACACACACAUACACACACAAGGCAAAGUCCAUUUGUUGUAUAUGUAUAAAACCGCAUUCACCGUAGUGUGACUUAGCGUGACUCUCCUAUAAACGGUGGCAUCAGGAUCCUGUGAAUGUAUUCUCUCGCUCUCUCUCUCUCUCUCUCUCUCUCUCUCUCUCUCUCUCUCUCUCAGUGAAGCAAAUCCACACACACUCUCGUAUUCCCCUACUGUUCCCACAGUCCCCACACAAACACCAUGGCUGCGCUCAACGUUUAGCCAUUUUUGCCUUUAUCAUCUUUUUUCUCUCUCUCUCUCUCUCUCUAAAGUGAGAGUAAUGUUAGAGAUUAAAACUCUGCACAGAUCUAAAUGGUUUGCGGGCAGAAUAACGAUUCACGAAAUUUGAUAUUAUUCUGCCCGGUGUGUCAAAGGAACAGUUCAGCCAGGAAUAAAAUGUACACAGUCCCGCCCCCUUAUACUCCCAAAUAUAGUCCAUCAGCCAAGACAUGUUUUUUUGUUUGUUUAUUUGUUUGUUUACUUGUUUAGCUUUGCCCCCGGAGUUACAAGACUAAUGUAGAUAACAAGUAAGGACAGUUUGUCUCACCGAAAAUAUUUUCCAUAAACACAGAUUAAUAACUCUGUAAACAUUUUUAACUCGACUAAACGAUUUUGUGUGAAAGUACGUGAUGGUCUGUAUUUUUUCAAAAUUUAUAUUCAUAUCAUCUAGCUAACGGAUAAUACGCUGACAUUAACGGAACAUUCAGUAGGCUAUUCUACAGGUUUUAAGAAUGUUAUGCUGUAGGAUUACAAAAUGAUUGCAUUAUUGCAAUCUUAAAAUCAUUUCUUGUAACGUUAUCGGAACGUUUCACUCUGUUCCCGAAAAGCAUUAAGAGUGUUUGGGUUAACAUCCCCUGCAACUAAAAAAAGGUUGCAGCAACAUUGUAGGAAUGUUUAUGAAUGUUACAUACAAAAAAAAUUUUUUCAUGAAAACCUGAUGGUUAUAUUUUGCAUUAAUUAAGAACUGGAUGUAGUUUGACGCACAUGUUUACAGAACAGAUUCUGAAUGAUUUGGACUUUUAUUACUUGAUAGCACCAUUAACCCCCAGAGGUCCAGUGUGAAACUAAAGAAGUGAAUAUACGAGAUGAAACGUGUCUUGGCUGAUUGAUUGCGUUUGAGGUAGUGAUGACAUUAUGUACAUUUCCUUUUUUUUUGUUUGGUUUUUUUUUUUUGCUAUACAAAUUGCUAUAAAUUUUAUUCUAUUCUCAUGUAUAGAUUUUUUUUAAAUGUAGAUAUCUAUAAUGAGCUAGCGAUGAGAAGAAAUCCUGGAGUGAUGCAGUGAACUUCGCAUUUGCUUCUUUAUCUGUAUCACUUAAUAUUUAUAAUUAAGAAAGUUUGGAUUUUGGUCCAGUAGUUUCAGAUUAGAGCAAAUCAUUGAUUUUUUUUUUUGUGCUUAGCUGAUAGAUUGUACAUACCAAUAAUAAAAAAAUAUAUAUAUAAAAAUAUA